AUGGAAGUACUUCCCGACACUUCACACAUCUGUCAUAACCUCCAGUCCGCUCUCACGGAACCUCACACUGUCGACACCCUGCUGGCUAAGGAAGUCAAAGAGGGUUUCAUGAUAGGGCCAUUUGACAGUCCCCCAUUUCCUAUAUUCCACAUCAGUCCCAUAAGUGUUGCAACUCGGAAAUAUUCAGGCAAAAAGAGACUAAUCAUUGAUCUAUCUUCACCAUACGGCUCACACAUUCCGAGCAUCAACAGCGUCAUACCAUGCCCAGAUUUCUCCAUGCAAUACACAAACAUUGACCACGCCAUCACCCUCAUCCCAGGACGCGGGGCCUGGCUUUCCAAAGCUGACAUCACCAGCAUAUUUAAAGUUCUGCCCAUUCACCCAGACUACUGGCGUUUUUUCGGCGUUUCCUGGAAAGGAAGUUUUUACUUCUCAGUACGCCUCACCUUCGGAUGCAGAAGCAGUCCUAAGAUCUUUGACUCACUCUCAGAAGCCCUUUGCUGGAUCUUGGUCAACAACCACAAACUCCCUCAUGUAUUACACCUCCUCGACGAUUUUCUCAUCGUCACUCCACCAUCCUCACCCCCUCGCCACAAGCUCACUACCCUCAUCAAAGCCUUUUCGGAACUCGGUGUUCCUCUUUCUGAAGAGAAGACCUCAGGGCCUGACACAUCCAUUGAGUUCUUGGGCACUCUCACUCUCGAUUCAGUCUCCUUCCAGGCUUCUCUGCCAGCCGAGAAAAUACAGCGCAUCACUUUGCUCCUGUCUAACUAUCUCCUGGCAGACAGAUGCACCAAACGCCAGCUGCUAGCCCUCCUUGGCCAUCUCAAUUAUGCCAUUCGCAUAAUUCCUCAGGCAAAAUCCUUCCUCUCCAAUCUCCUGACUAAAGCAACCGUCCCCUCACUCCACGACAGAGUCACCCUAGAUGAUGCCUGCAAAAUGGAAAUGCGCAUGUGGCAGCAUUUCCUGUCCUCCUGGAAUGGUAUUUCGUUCUUUUACAAAGACUACCUCACGCAGCCCGAGGACAUCCAACUUUACACAGAUGCAGCUCCCUCCAUAGGUUUCGGCAGCUACUAUGGAAGGAGGUGGUUCGCUUCAGAUUGGCCCCCAGAGUGUAGCUCUCUCGAUUCAGAGUCCCGCUCUCCUUCGUCUGCACUCCAUGAGUUAUAUCCCAUCAUCAUAGCUGCCAUUCUUUGGGGGCACGAAUGGUCAAAAAAAUCCAUACUCAUCCACUCCGAUAAAACAGCAGCUGUAGAGAUCAUUAACAAAGGGCAAUCUCGCUCUCCCAUCAUCAUGCAGUUCACGCGCAGACUCACACUAAUCUCAGCUCAACAACAGUUCAUUCUCCAGGCAGCUCACAUUCCCGGUCAUUACAACAGCAUCGCUGACUCAUUGUCUCGCUUUUCAUUCCAGAAAUUCAGACACUUGGCUCCAAACUCAGAUCUUCAUCCCACAUCAGUCCCACCGUUUUCAGCCACAAUAUUCAAUUAG